CUCUUUGUCCCUCCCUCCCGUCUCCCUUUUUAUUCCUCGUUUCCAGCCGUUGCCCACGGUGGAAGGGAAAGCUCGUGACCUCCUCCAUCCUUUCCCUGAAGCCACGGUGACCGCCGGCGACGCCGCCUAGCUUGCUGUCACCGACGCCAAGACGCCGCCGGCUGCAACCCAAGGGCCGUCAACGCCGCUUCCUCCAAAUUCGUCGCAUCCGCCGGCCAUCCUCCAAAAUUGAGGUAAUUGCAGGGUCACUAGUGCCAGAGGUAUUUUUGGAGAUGGUUAGUGCGAGGCCAGUAAAUGGAGAAUUGGAUGCAUGGUUCAGAAGCCUCAUGCUUUCUAUUGGCAAUGGGAGGGGAGAGGCUGAAAGUGGUGGUGCAAUGCCAACCUUGUCAGGCUGGAAGGACCUUCCUGUUGAGCUGCUGCUGCGGAUUAUGUCAAUAGUUGGAGAUGACCGGAUGGUUGUUGCGGCAUCUGGUGUUUGCACUGGUUGGCGUGACGCACUGGGAUGGGGGCUUACUAAUCUUUCCCUCUCACGGUGUCGUCAGAACAUGAAUAACUUAAUGAUAUCACUUGCUUACAAAUUCACAAAGCUUCAAGUUCUUACUCUUCGACAGAACAUAGCUCAGCUUGAAGACACUGCAGUUGAGGCAGUUGCCACCUACUGUCAUGAUCUACGUGAGUUAGACCUUAGCAGAAGUUUUAGGCUUAGUGACCGUUCCUUGUAUGCAUUAGCUCAUGGCUGUCCACAGCUUACAAAACUAAACAUUAGUGGAUGUUCCAACUUCAGUGACAUUGCCUUGACCUAUCUUACUUGCCACUGUAAAAAUCUUAAGUGCUUGAAUCUAUGUGGUUGUGGGAAGGCAGCAACAGACAGAGCUUUGCAGGCCAUAGCUCAUAAUUGCGGCCAGCUUCAAUCAUUGAGCUUAGGUUGGUGUGAGGAUGUCACUGAUAAGGGAGUGACCAGCUUGGCGUCGGGGUGCCCUGAUCUCAGGGCUCUGGACUUGUGCGGUUGUGUUCUUAUAACAGAUGAGAGUGUGAUCGCUCUUGCCACUGGGUGUCCACACCUGCGAUCUUUAGGCUUGUACUACUGCCAGAACAUCACCGACCGAGCCAUGUACUCCCUCGCAAACAGCCGGGUCAAGAGCAAACGCAGGAGGUGGGAUGCCGCGAGGAGCAGCAGCAGCGGCACCUCUAGCAAGGAAGAAGACGGCCUCGCGAACCUGAACAUCAGCCAGUGCACGGCCCUGACACCCCCCGCCGUGCAGGCGGUCUGCGACUCCUUCCCGGCGCUCCACACCUGUCCUGACAGGCACUCCCUGAUCAUCAGCGGCUGCCUCAGCCUGACGUCCGUCCACUGUGCCUGCGCCCUCCACCCGCACCGGGCUGGAAGAGCCAUGGUGCCUAGCCACGCAUACUGAUGGUGCUUGGCAGCUUUGGUCCUGGUGAACGCCGGUUGCCUGAUGGAUGUGGUUUCUUCCUCCUGGCCUAGAAGGAAGACGCUGUGUGAAUAAGCGUGGGAACUCAAUAAUAAUGUAUAUAAUAGGACUAUGUCAGUAGGGUUUCUGUGUGAUAAUUGAUAACCAUGGAGUGGAGAAUGGCUGGAGAGUUGCUUCUCUGCCACUCGGGCCACUUACUACAUGCUACUGCAAAAAUGUAUGCUAUGUAGGGGACUUCUUUUAAGGGGCUUAUCUAUGUGUACGAAAGAUUUGCCAUUCUAGCCCACAUGCCAUUAAAUCAAAUGAUCCGACUUAUAAUUUUCAUAGG